CGCCUUCAGACCGUGCGGCUCGCGGACGCGUGCAGACCUCCUUACCAGUUUCGGUUGUUUUUUUUUCCUUAGUUUUGUUUUGUUGUUGUUGUUUUUUUGUACCCGUGUGGAUUUUUUGCCAUUUGCACCAAUGUUUAUAUAAAAGACAGAAAAAAGGUCUUCUUGUGGGGGAAAAGGAAACAACUGGAAGUAACGACCACCAGGCUGCAGAUUUCACGUUUCAAGGCUCGGAGAGUAAAGCGCGAGCAGCUCGGAGAGACGUGAGCUGUCCGGUGCUAUAUGCGUGUGCGCGCGUCAGGAGAAAGGAGCUAUCCGGUGCUGAAGUUGCAUUUCCGCCGAGAGCGACGCGACGCGACGGCACGAGAAGCUCACUAACGGGGGCGAGGUGUCUGCCGUCGCCCCGUGCCUGCAUCUGAGCAAAGGAGCACCGGUGCAAAAGAGAAAGAAAGCAGGGAAAAAAGAAAAAGAAAGCAAAUAACAAUAAAACACAAAUACAAACAAAAAAACGGGGUUUGCAUCGACGGUGCAUGAAGAGCAAGAGACCUGACCGAGCGGGCGGACGGACGAGUGGUGUGUUUUUUGCUGCAACGUGAAACAUGCCAAGGUCUUUCCUGGUCAAAAAGGUUAAGCUCGAUGAUUUCUCGUCUGCUGACCUCGAGAGCUCUUAUGGCAGAUCCAGAGCGGACCUCAGCCUCCGAUUUCACGAGAAAGCGGCAGGUUACAUCAGCGACUACAUAACCCCGUCUGUGUAUGAAGCAGAGAAUGAAAAUGGCAUCAAAGUGCCGUCACCGGGACCCAUCUACGAGAGCCUGCACAGCGAUUACGGUGCACCAGACUCGGACCAGCCCGACAGCCCGCGCUCUGAGAUCUCGACCGGGUACAUCAACGGAGACAAUGCGGUGAGUGAGGGCUACACGGUAGAUGCCUUCUUCAUCACGGACGGCCGCUCGCGCAGGAGGGCCGUGGGCAAUGCGAGGAGCGCGCAACGCCACACGUGCAACGAAUGCGGCAAGAGCUACGCCACGUCGUCCAACCUGAGCCGCCACAAGCAGACGCACCGCAGCAUGGACAGCAAGAUGGCUAAGAAGUGCCCGACGUGUGGGAAGGUGUACGUGUCCAUGCCGGCCAUGGCCAUGCACCUGCUCACGCACGACCUCAAGCACAAAUGCGACGUGUGUGGCAAGGCUUUCAGCCGCCCCUGGCUGUUGCAGGGCCACAUGCGCUCGCACACGGGCGAGAAGCCGUUCGGGUGCGCGCAUUGCGGGAAGGCCUUUGCUGACCGCUCCAACUUGCGCGCUCACAUGCAGACGCACUCGGCCUUCAAGCACUACAAGUGCAAGCGUUGCAACAAGACCUUCGCGCUCAAGUCGUACCUGAACAAGCACUACGAGUCAGCUUGCUUCAAGGGAGCCUUUUCGCCACUCAGACCCGAUUCAUGAAAGAGCCACGGGAGUCCGAGUGCGCCCACAGCUUUGCUUUUCUCUCCUGCAACAACAGAACUGAGGAAAACUUGGAUUAUUCGCAUGUAACUUUUCUUUUCCAAGCGUAACCAUCGCCCCCCAGCCGUUCGCCUACUCCGAGCCGAAAAUAGCAACUUAUUUUGCCAAAAAAGUAAAAAAAAAAAGAAUAAAAAGAAUAAAAAAGAAAAAAACUCAGAGGACAUUGAAAA